CUGCUUUGAUGACACACGAGUUGCUCAGCCAUAAAGUGAAGUUUUGGCUGCAAUGUGCUGCUCGAAAACUACGUUGGGAGUUAACAUAGAUGACUCUCAGCGACCAAAGAUCGAUCUAAUUCGUGCUAUCUCGUGCAUAUUCAGUUUCCAACCUUGAAUGAUAUCGUGUGAAGUAAUACAUCUUCUUAUAGACGUCAUAAUGGGUUUUUUUAAGUCGCUGGGCAAUGUGGCCGACAAGUUUGCAAUGCAUGCUGUUAACUCUGCCGCGAUGAGCCGUGCCUCUUACGCCGAUGGAGUUGACUGUGUCCCGGCCGAUGGCUGCCUUCUGCCAUCCAAAGGCAAAGGCAAAAGUGAGCCCCCACCACGGGUGUCGAAGAUGACCUGGAAGGAAACGCUGGAGGCGGAAAAGGCUGCGAAGGAGAAGGAAAACUCUCUUGCGAAGUGACUAGGCAACAGGAACGGAUCUUUUUAAAUAGGCGCAGGC